AUGAGGUUGCUAGCCGUGCUGUUCGAGGCGCAGCGUAUAGAAGCGCACGUCAAACCAAGGAGGCUGUUCGACAACCGUAUAGAGGACGACACGUGGGCGAGAUAUAAGGGCGUGUGGCUAAGUCUGUUAUGCGUCUGGUUCCGCACGCAGGAAAUAGACGACGACAAGCAGCCGCCGUAUAAACUGACGCCGUCACAGGGAGAGGCGUGGGACUUAUUCGAGCAGAUAGCGGAAGCAGCCAGCAUAGGGAUGGGGCAUCAAACGCAGGAGAAGCUGGAACGCGCAGCACUCGACAUGCUUAUCAGCAUGCUGGACCACCAGCUGAAGGGCGGAGACUACAGCAGUGCUCUUCUCAGCGCUCUCGCGGUGAUAGGGAUUGCUGAGAAUAGCAGCUGGGUCCAGAUCACAGACUACACGACAAAGUACUCAGCUGUUAUUAAGAUAGCGUGUAUGUUAGUGAUCCAUCAGGUAUACACCAAGCGUAAUAAUGAGGUUGCCGAGCUGGAAAGGUCUCUAGGGAAAGAUGAAGUAGAGGAUAUAGCGCAGAGUUUAUUCCAGCAUAUGCAGGCGAAAGUGCGGCGGUUUAUGACGCAGACGACAAGCGAUAAGGAUGUGGAGCUAACGCUGAUAGACUAG